AUGCCAAAUAUUGAUUUGGCUUUCAAGCCUGUCAGUGAUCAAGCAGGACGCAUGGUAGAAAGUUCAUGGAAGCGGAUUUUAGCAAUUGCACAAAAUCAUGUACAGGAAUUUGAAGAACAAGAUGCUAUAGAUGGAUUUCAAAGAAGCUCCAAUGACACUAGAAGAUCGAGAUCCACUGCAAAUUCCAGUGUAGUGAAUCACCAGAUACAUUCUUCAGAUCAAAGUCAGACAGAUUUCUACGAUAGAGAGAGGCAUAUGGUGCAGGCAUUAGAUACCUUAUUUACAUUAGCAUAUGAAGGCCCAGGUUACCUCGCAUUUAUCGCAACAAUCACCUGUAAUCUUGAUCCUGACAGCCCAGUAGCAAUGGCAUUUCUUAGCCAUAUCAUUGAUCGAGCAGCAUUACCUUCAAGAGAUACCAUGACUUCAGUUUCGCCGGUCAUUAUUUCCAAACUAAACAAGAAACCUGGCCGUAUUCAGCGCAUGAUUUCACUGAUAUCGGGACGAUACAAAAUCGAAAGAUCAGCUAGCAAAAGAGAAGCACUUCGCAAUCAAAUAUUUCACAACACCACCAACCCGCCUACAACAUCUACCAUCAUGGCAACUGUUCAAAACGCAGAGCAGACAAAGCUACGACUUAAUGCAGCUAUUCUCUGGUCUCUGCUAGCCGAGAAAUUUGCGGGAGAAAUGUGUCUCUCUCUUUGGCAUCAAGAUGUAGGCGACAUGUUGAUGAAAUCGAUAUCUGAUCCAGAAGAAGAUUUGAUGGUUCGCAUAUUUUCAUUACUGGCUCUUGAAAAGUUUGCGCUAACAGGCACUGUCAAAAACAUCAUUCUCGCUCACGAUUUUAAUAUUCGACAUGUGCUGCUGUCAGUUGUCAGAGAAUGUGAAAUUGCAAAUGAACGUAUUUUUGCUUUAGCGAUGGCAGAAGAUGAACCAAAACUCAUAUCCCCGCAACCAUUGACAUCACUGACGUUAUCUUCACUCACCAGUAUGUCUUCUACUGGCAUCGCAUCAACCACAACAGUAACAAACGCAGCUUCAGAAGAUCAAGUGCCAGCAUUUUCUAAUCUCAAUAGUUUUGACUCGAGAUUUAUUCCUCCAAAAGGUCCAUUGCGUGAAGAAUGGGCAAAGUACGUGCAGUUAGGCUUAUGCGCAAGAUGGGCAUUAGACCAUGUCUUUAUUGAUGGAAAAAAGAUUACUUGUCCAUGGGACUUAGCCAAUCUCAAGGUGAUCAUGAAUCCAUUUGAUUCCACACCACACCUCAAAAUUGGAGGCAACGGACUCGAACUUCGAAAUGAUAGACCUCAUUUUGAAUCCGUCAGAGCUACUGCCUGCGUGAAAAGAGAGAAAUGGUACUAUGAGACACUGUUGCUAAGCAACGGCAUUAUGCAAAUCGGUUGGGCCACAAGCAGAUGCAGGUUCUCUCCAGAAGAAGGCUACGGCGUGGGCGAUGAUUGCAAUGGAUUUGCAUUUGAUACCUAUAGAACGGCUGUUUGGGCAGAUGGCUCAGCUGUUUAUCCCCAAAGCAAAGUCAAGAUUCGAUGUCAAGCGGGUGAUGUGAUAGGAAGUUUUCUCGAUCUCGACAAUGGAUUCUGUUCAUAUUACAUCAAUGGAUGCGAUCUUGGCCUUACAGUAGAGUUUGAGCAUCCCAACAGAAAAAAACACCAUCGACAACAAGUUUCGCAACAUCAGCACCAACAACAGCAGAACCGCAAGAGCUCAGAAACCUCAUCCUCUAACCUCAGCGAAUCCACUGCAACUACAUCGACACUACACAGCCUCAGCAAUUCCUCGCCAAAAACCGCCAAUUCCCCAUCCUCACCCACGCUGACGACAUCUACAUCCUCACCGCGUCUAAUAGAACAUUCUUCAAAGCGUAACAGCAAAAAGCCAGCCAAAGGCUUAGGCCUCUACCCUGCCAUCAGUUUAACCACACAUCAACAAGCGCUUGUCAACUUUGGAGAGAAAGCAUGGAUGUAUCCUCCUCCUACAACAGCUAAAUUCAGAGGCAUCAAUGAAGCUGGCGUGCUGGAUGACGACUUUGAGAAACGAGUGAUGCGUUGGGUUAAGAAGCGAGGCGUUACAUCACAUGGAAAAUCGUACCAGCCCAUGAACAAACCACCACUUCGGCCUCGUGUGGGGGCAGAUGAAGUAUUACAGCAAGCAUCACCCGACUCUGAUAGUACGACUGAAGUGGAAGAAGAGGAGGAGGAGGAGGAAGACUAUGACUGGGAUGGACCUCUAUGUACGAUUUGCUUUUCUGAGCCGAAAAACACGAUACUGAUGCCAUGCAAACACGAUGGUAUUGGAGGUCGUUGUGCCAAAGUGCUGACAUUAUGUCCCCUGUGCCGUACAGAAAUCCACGACAGAAUACCAACAACUAUUACAAAAACCACAUUUACUACUACAGCCACUACAACCACCACCGUUGUGGAAGAACAAGUGGUGCCUACUCCCAUCUAA